AUUUGUAAUAAAGUUAUAUGGGAUGGAAUAUCAUGAUGAUAAUGUUGACCAGAAUGGCAGCAAUAACAAUAGUAUCAAACAACAGGAAUUAAUAGAAAUUUCUAGUGUACUACGACGUACAUCUGAACUGAGCUUAAAUAGUUUAGAAAGUAUUAAUGAACCAAAUCGAAAAAGAUUAAAAGUAAUGGAACAAACCAAAUAUUCAAUGUAUAAUGAUUUCGAAGAUACGGCUAUUUUAAAGAAACGAGAAUCAUUAAAUUAUAGAAGACAACGUAUUUCUGAAUUAAGAUCAAAGAUAUCUACUUUAAUUACUAAAAAGGAAGAACAUGAAUUAAGGAAUUAUGAAUUAGAAGAGAAAUAUUCUAGCUUAAAAAAGGGAUUAGCAUUAAUUGAAAGUCAAAUAGAAGAAAUUAAUGAUAUAGGACAAUCAUCAAUGGAAAGACUUCGAGAGAAAUUGGUUGUAGAAAAGAAAGCAGCUCGAGCUAAUCAUGAUCAACAAGUAAAUAGUAUGAAAGAAAAGUAUACAGCUGAAGCUGAAACAAUAAUAAAUAAAUAUGAACAAGAAUAUGCAGAAAAAUUAAAGACUUUAGUAGCUCAAUCAAAUCAUUUAAAGGGAGAGAUUAAAUCAGAAGAUCAGGAACAUAAUAGAAAUUUAAUUAAAUUAAAAGAAGAUUAUCAUAAGAAACUUAUACUGGAAAGUACAAAGAUUGAUGAAAAUAUACGACAUAUUAAAGAUAAAUUGGUUAAUGAAGAAUUAGAAAUAAAGAGAAAAGCUAUUGAUUAUAAGAAUACUGAAGAUAUUUUAAAAAAUGACUUAACCAGUACUAAUACUAGAUUAAAUGGACUUUAUUCACAAAUACUGUCUAAGUUUUCAAAUAAAGAAUCAGAAAUUGAUUUAUUACGUCAUACAAUAAUCAAUAAAAAGAAUCAAAUUGAUGAAAUCACCAGUAAUUUCAACUUAAAAUCUAAUAAAAUUACUGAACAUAAACAAAAAGUUGAAUUAAUUAAUAAGAAAUUAACUAAUUAUGAAAAUAAAAGAAGAUAUUUACAUAAUAGACUUCAAGAACUUAAGGGAAAUAUUCGAGUAUUUUGUAGAGUUAGAUAUGUUCCUGAAUCAAUUGAUAAAUUAUCAUUAAUUGAAAUAGCUGAUGAUGAUAUUAAUGAGAAUGCUAAUCAAGAAAUUAUUAUAUCAAAGAAUCAAGAUGAUGGAUCUAAAUAUUCCAACUCUUAUGGUUUAAGUAAUAUAAACAAUAAUUCAUAUACUUUUCAAUUUGAUAAAGUAUUUAAUAUGAAUAGUACUAAUGCUGGUAUAUUUGAAGAGAUAUCUCAAUUGAUUCAAUCUUCAUUAGAUGGUUAUAAUGUAUGUGUAUUUGCUUAUGGACAAACUGGUUCUGGUAAAACGUAUACUAUGUCUCAACCACAAGAUGGAAUGAUUCCUCUUUCACUUAAUAAGAUAUUUGAAGAUAUUGAAGAUUUAAAACUGAAAGGUUGGUCAUAUACUGUUGAAGGUCAAUUUAUAGAAAUUUAUAAUGAAAAUAUUAUUGAUUUAUUAACUCCUAAUGGAAUUAAUGGAAAAUAUGAAAUUAAACAUGAUGAUAUUGAGAAUAAAACCAUUGUUACCAAUGUUCAAACUAUUCAAUUAAAAUCAGAAAGUCAUGCUAAUAGUAUUUUAGAAACAGCUACUAGAAAUAGAUCAACUGCAUCUACAAAGGCUAAUGAUAGAUCAUCUAGAUCCCAUUCUAUUUAUAUAUUUAAAUUACAAGGAAUAAAUUCGGCAAAGGGUAUUAGUUGUCAAGGUACAUUAAAUUUAAUUGAUUUAGCAGGAUCGGAAAGGUUAGUAUCAUCUCAAGCAAAGGGUGAUAGAUUAAAGGAAACUCAAGCAAUUAAUAAAUCUUUAUCAUGUUUAGGUGAUGUAAUAUAUGCUUUAGGUCAAAAGCAAAACAAUGGUGGUCAACAUAUACCGUAUAGAAAUUCCAAAUUAACAUAUCUUUUAAAGCAUAGUUUAGGAGGGAAUUCAAAGACAUUAAUGUUUGUUAAUGUAUCUCCUUUACAAAAGAAUUUGAAUGAAACUAUUAAUUCUCUUCGAUUUGCCACUAAAGUGAAUACUACAAAACUUCAGCCUAGUAGACCCAGCUCAAGAUAGGAUAGAAAAUAGAAUAGUUUGGUUUAUAGAAGAAUUUAAUAAGACUAU